AUGGCGGCGGCAGAUCAUGCGUUACCCAUCAAGAAUGAAAUCCCCAUGGAGCUUCCUACCUUCCCGCCCAAUCAAGCCUUAGAGGCUUUUAAAGAUGUUGUUUUUGGAUCGACUGCAGGAAUGGCGGGAAAAGUCAUCGAGUACCCCUUCGACACCGUAAAGGUCCGGCUCCAAUCGCAACCCGAUCACCUCCCCCUGCGAUACACCGGCCCCCUGGAUUGUUUCCGCCAGUCCCUCCGUUCGGAUGGUAUCCGAGGCCUCUACCGCGGAAUCAGCGCUCCCAUGGCGGGGGCGGCCAUCGAGAACAGCUGUCUGUUCUGGAGCUAUCGCAUGAUCCAGGACCUGCUCAAGGCCACCUACUACUCGUCGACCGACCAGCUACCCUUUGCGGCCUUGUUAUUCAGCGGCGCGGCGUCCGGAUCCAUCACCUCGCUCGCGCUCACCCCGGUCGAGCUCAUUAAGUGCAAGAUGCAGGUCCCGCUGGAGGCGUCCGUCGUGAAGGCCCCCGGGCCGCUGGCGCUGAUCGCCACUGUCUUCCGCCAGGAUGGCAUCCUGGGGUUCUGGCGCGGACAGAUGGGGACCCUCAUUCGCGAAACCGGCGGCGGUGCGGCCUGGUUCGGUGGGUAUGAGGGUGUCUCGGCGCUGUUCCGCACAUACACAUCCACGCCGGAGUCGGCCUCUCUCCCGCUCCACCAGCAGAUGGUGGCCGGCGCCGCUGCCGGCAUCAGCUACAACUUCCUGUUCUACCCGGCCGACACGAUCAAGUCGCGCAUGCAGACGGAGGACAUCACCCGUGUGGUCGCAAACGGCCGGCGACAAACCUUUUUGGGGACGGGGAAGGCGCUGUGGGAGCAGCAGGGGUUGCGUGCCCUGUAUCGGGGCUGCGGGAUCACCUGCGCGCGAUCUGCGCCCAGUUCGGCGUUUAUCUUUACUGUGUAUGAGGGGCUACGGAGCUAUUUUGGCUAA